AUGAAGUUCAAUCCAAGGGUUUCCAGCAGCCGCCGCAAGAGCCGCAAAGCUCAUUUCACAGCACCGUCAAGCGUCCGCCGCGUGCUCAUGAGCGCUCCCCUCUCCGGCGACCUUCGAUCCAAAUACAACGUCCGUUCCUUACCAGUUCGCAAGGACGACGAGGUUCAGGUAGUUAGAGGAACUUUCAAAGGCCGUGAAGGAAAGAUUGUUCAGGUUUAUCGCAAGAAGUGGGUGAUUCACAUCGAGCGCAUAACUCGUGAGAAAGUUAACGGUUCAACGGUUAACGUUGGGUUGGAUCCUUCGAAGGUGGUUAUCACGAAACUCCGUUUGGAUAAGGAUAGGAAGUCGUUGAUUGAUAGGAAGGCGAAGGGGCGUGCCGCUGCUGAUAAGGAAAAGGGUACUAAGUUUGCUCCUGAAGAUAUCAUGCAAUCCAUUGAUUAG